ACUAUUUGGUUGCCACAGCUUCAGUCCCACCUUCAAAGUCUGUAGGCAUGAAUAUGAUAUCAACAGACCCUCUUGUGAUUGGGAGGGUGAUCGGAGAUGUUGUGGAUCUUUUCUCUCCAACUGUGAAAAUCACUGUCUCCUACAACAACAAUAAGCAGGUCUAUAACGGUCAUGAGUUUUUCCCUUCCUCAGUAGCCAACAAGCCUAAGGUUCAGAUUCGUGGAGGCGACAUGAGAUCCUUCUUCACUCUUCUCAUGACAGAUCCAGACGUUCCUGGCCCUAGUGAUCCAUAUCUCAGGGAACAUUUACACUGGAUAGUCACGGACAUCCCUGGCACAACGGACACCACAUUUGGAAAUGAGGUGGUGAGCUAUGAAAUUCCAAGGCCAAACAUAGGCAUCCAUAGGUUUGUGUUCCUCCUUUUCAAGCAGAAGUGCAGGCAGGCAGUGAUGAAAAUACCAAGUUCUAGGGACCUCUUCAAGACGAGAAGCUUUGCAGAGGAGAAUGACCUUGGGCUUCCUGUGGCUGCUGUGUUUUUCAAUGCUCAAAGGGAAACGGCUGCCAGAAGACGUUGAGUAAUAAACCAAAUGUGCUUAUCACUAGCUAGUAAAGCCUAUAUACCUGUCCACUGUAGUAGUGUCCACCAAAUAAGUCUAGGUUUCUAAGGGUGUGUUUCUCUAGUUAAAUUCGAACUUGCAUGCUGAAACUCUCGUAGCAUCAACUCUAACAUUCUUAUUUCUAGUUUGGUGUGGUUCAGUUUGUAACGAUUUAAGUUUCUAUUUCAC